AUGUCGAACACAAUGACAACCACCAUCUCCGACAGCGAGGCCGUGCGCCUUCCCCUGCCCACAAAAAAGGCUGAAUUAGAGCCGGCUCCAAUUUACGACGUCUACAAACUCUCUGACGAGCGCACAAAAACGCUGCGGAAACUGCUCGAAAAGGGCCAUGUUACCGUGGCGCCGCUGCGCAAUCCACAGCUCAUCCUCCACAGCCAUCUGCCACAUCUUCUAGGCUCUGCCUACGGACUGGGCGCCGAUAGUGAGCAGCUGACCAAAACUUACGAGCACGACAUUCAGACGUUGGUCAGGAUCGACGAGACCUUCGUUCGUGGUGAUAAAAUCACCAAGGAGAACUGGAGGCAGUUCCUCGGAAACAAGGAGUACACCGUGGCCUACGUUGACUUUUUUGAUGACGAGGUUCGAAAGAACGGCGGCGACUGGGAGAAGGUCGUUCAAGAGUACUUGUAUUCGGGAGCAGAGCCUCUCAUCAAUGGCUUCUGUGGCGGUCUUGCGCAUCCUUUCAUUCAUCUCGCGUAUGGAUAUGAGUUCCGGAUCCCCCAAGUCGUCACGCAGGCUCUAAGUCUCGGGUGCACCGAGUACGUCGUGUGCCACGGACUGAUCGACAAUCCACCUCCGAUUCCUUCGCCAUACAAGACCCGCAGCCUCGCCGAGGUCAUCAAGCGCGUGGAGAAUGAUCACCGGUUCGACGGAAUCGUCAACUUCCCCGGCACCGUGAACUUUGGCAUCGUGCUGCAGAGUCGCUUUGAGGCCUUUAUGGAGCACUGGAAUGCCUGGGAAGUCACGGACCCGGUCCAACAACUCGAACACUGUUGCGACCUGUCGGUUUUGUUGGCGAUCAGCGCCGGCUACGGCGACGGGAAAUUCGACUUCUUCUACGCCCACAUCAUGACCGUCGCGCACGCCUUGCGGAUUCUGUUCCACUAUUUCCCCGCCGACAGGAGGGUUUCAAUCCUGCGGCAGUACGCCUUCUUCACCAUCUUGGUCUACAUCCUCCAAAAGAGACUCUCCUUUGAAAUUGAGCGCAUCGAGUCGGUCGACACAAACGGCCGUGACUGGAGAUGGAUCACGGAGAGCGCACUCAAGCACAGGUGGGCGUUGGAUGACCACUUCUUCAAGGUUGUGCGAGCCCUGAAGGCACUUGCGGAGACUUAUGGCGAGAAAGAUGGCUUCUAUCUCAAAGCUGCCAUUAAAUACGUGAGCGAGUUUAAUGGCUGGGAAGGGUUUGGAGAAGGUGUCAUGGGCUUUCUUCCGAGCAGGGACGGGUAUAUUCCAGCUUAA